AUGCCGUCGUUCAAGCCCUUUGCAUCCGUGACGGGGCGAAACAGCUACAGCCUGUUUGAUAUCCGGCUGGACCAAGACUUCAUUGUCUUUCGAGGAAAUGACCAUGAGUCUUCAGGUCAGCUUCUCAAGGGGGUCGUGGUUCUCUGCCUCUCGUCCCCCUUGCGCAUCGAGGACAUUCACUUGCGCCUCGUGGGCACCUUGCGCUUAUCAUCGACCGCUCCCGGCGUUUCGGGGCAAAAAGUUGACAAGACCACCACUAUUCUCGACCAUCGAUGGCAACCCUUUGUCGGCACCCACGGCAAGAGCAUGACUCUUCCUGCCGGCAACUACGAAUACCCCUUCGAGUUUAUGCUACCGGGAGAUACCGCAGAGAGCGUAGAGGGCAUCCCCGAAGCAUCCAUCACCUACAGAUUAAAGGCGACUGUCGGCCGUGGCAAGCUCGCAUACGACUUGCACGCGUACAAGCACCUACGCAUCAUUAGGACUCUGGAGCCCGGCGCUUUGGAGUUUUUGCAUGCCAUGAGCGUCGAGAAUAUUUGGCCCAACAAGGUGGACUACUCCAUCAUCAUCCCGCAAAAGGCGGUCGUAUUCGGCGGCACCAUCAACAUGGAAAUGCGAUUUACCCCCCUACUGAAAGGCCUGGAACUUGGAGAUAUUACGGCAAAAAUGAUCGAGAUUCGCGACUGUUGGAUCCAAGGCGCAACAGGUCUCAGCAUGCGAGAAUACCGCACCGAGCGAGAGGUGGCGACGUGGCGAUUCGAAGUGAACCGGGAGGAACAUUGGCAAGACAUGAUACAAGAUACUGGUCAGGAGGGUUGGGCUUUGGUUAAACCAUUGCCUCUUCCCAAGCGACUCCGUCAGUGUAUUCAAGAUCUGAACCAUCAUGGCAUCAAGGUCAGGCAUAAAAUUAAGCUGACUGUGGCACUGAAGAACCCCGACGGCCACAUUUCAGAGCUCCGUGCCACCCUUCCUGUAUCAAUUUUCAUCUCACCCAACAUUCCUUUUGACGAACAGGGCAACCUGCUGAGCCAGAACCAAGGCAGCUCCGCUCCAUCCACGGAGAACGCGCUGGUAGCACCACCGGGGUAUGGCGAGCAUGUAUUGGACCAACUCUACGAGGAUGUGGAUGUCUCUGGCUUCCAAACCCCAGCAAUCCCGUCGGGUGUCAGCAGUCCAUUCUAUUCACAGGUGUCGCCGACAUCGGGCCAACAUGGGUCCGCCCCUCGGUCCGAGCCGCCUUCGCAAAACCUCACGAGGAGCAAUAGCGAGGAGGAUCGAUCGGGAAGAAACUCGACGGAGCACGUUGACUUGGAUCCUGCCGAGUUUGCGGAGCUCAACCGCGUUCCCAGCUAUGCAACGGCUGUCCGGACACCGGCGUGGUCUCGGACGCAACCCGCAGCCGGACUUGUUCCGGAUUACCAAACUGCGUUAUAUGCGCCUCGUACUCCUCCGGCCACGGAUAUUACUCUUGAGCCGUUGAGCACCAUAUCUGAGGACCGGUCGGAUGAAAACCGUGGUCUGACCAGUGCACCAUCCAAUCUUUCCACCGUUGUAGCGAACCCGGGCAGCUCGUGA